AUGCUCAAACCAUCUUGUUCUGGUGAGCAAUCUGGCCACGGAAUUUUGCGGUAUUCCAACCUUUUAAGCCUUUUCUCUGUCCAAAUUCUCUUUCCCUCUUUCCUGGCCAGUGUUUGGACAGCAGAGACGCAGUGCACGCUCCUCAACAUCUCCAUCACAGAAACCUUCAACUGCUCGUUCAGCUGCGGUCCGGACUGCUUGAAAACCUCUCAGUACCCUUGCUUGCAAGUGUACGUCAACGUAUCGUCUUCGGGGCAAAAGUGCUUGCUUUACCACACAGAAGAGACAAUGAAAAUUAAUGCUGAGUGCUCAUAUAUACCCAAGUGUGGCAAGAACUUUGAAGAGUCUCUGUCCCUCGUGAAUGUCGUCAUGGAGAACUUCAGAAAGUACCAGCACUUCUCCUGUUACUACGACCCCGAAGGCAUUCAAAAGAAUGUAUUGCUAACCAAACUCUACAGCUCCAACGUGCUGUUCCACUCCCUCUUUUGGCCAACUUGUAUGAUGAUAGGAGGGAUUGCUAUCGUUGCCAUGGUCAAGUUGACGCAGUAUCUGUCCCUCCUCUGUGAAAGGAUCCAAAGGAUCAACAGAUAGAAGCAGCCGGCUCGCUUCCGGGAUGGAUUGACAGCUGAAAUACUGUUGUGGUUUUUUUUUCAUUCUUCACCAAAGAACCUUAAGUUUGUAACGUAUACGUCUGUUCUAAGUUCCUUAUAUUUUUUAUGAAGUAGAGCAAUAAUGAAAAAAGGCUGUUCUAUAUGCAAACGUGAUGCUGUUAUUAUGCAGGUGAUGGGAGAAGGAAUCGCCAUUUGCGUUGGCCGUCUACAUAAUCUUGGUUUACGCUGCAAAAUCGGUACUUCUUUCUUUUUUCUUUUCCCUUUCCUUCCUUUCUCCUUUCUUUUUCUACAGCCAAAAUAGGGCUCAGUGUGACCCAUUUGCCAAGCUUUGUCGAUGAAACGCAUCACCAUUUCGUUGCAAACCCAUUCUGGGGGGAUGUAUUACAUUGCUGCGUGUGUGUCCGUGCGAACCGUUUCAGUUCCACUUAAGGCUGCAGAGGGAGAAGGCGUGGGGAGUACAAGGAAAUUUGGAGGACGGUGGGAGAGGGUUGAUUUGUCUGGCUGAACUAAGAUGGAUUCAGAAAUGUGGUAUCUCCAGCUGCCUCCUAAACCAAGGUCAAAGGGCAGCCACACAUUAGCAGGAAGUCAGGGUGUGCAUCCUCUGCACAUCCAGGCCCUUACCCAGAGAACGCUAAUCAAACUUCACCACCGCUAAAAUCCUUAGGACAUUUUAGCCAUGGUUGAUUUUCUUGGGAUGUGAACAGAACUUAGUUUCUUCUGGAUUGCAGGGAGGGGGGGGCCCCUCAAAGUUCUGGAUCAGAGUGAUUUUCUUCAUGUUGGCUUCAUGCUCAGGGUUAAGCUUUCCCUUCCGAUGUUUUAGACAUUUAUUUGCAAUAUCUUGGACUCACAGAUCAUUAUCUUACCAAAGCUACAGCCAAAAAAGCAAACCCCACAAAUCGCAUUAAUUCACCACACCCGUUGACUCCAUUCAUCUCCGACUCCAACCUGAGCCCUGUUGGCAGAGAUGGGACCAGAAAACACUUUCCGUACAAGUUUAUUCUCUGUAUUUUUUUCCUUGUAUUUGCUACCAUAUCACUGUAAAGAAGAACUAAAACAAAAAUACAACCCAUAGUCAGCUAUUUUUUCAUUUUUUACUUCCAACUAUUUUAGAUUUUUUUACUGUAUAUUUAAAAGAAAAAGAAAAAAAGAAUACUAGACAAGAGGACAAAAACAUAUAUUAAAACUAGUGGUGUAUUGUAAUACGAAUAUGUUAUAUUUUAUUAUUUCUUUUAUUAACUGAAAGUGAGAAGUGCCCUUCUUGUAUUUCGUAAUGUCCAAACCUGGAUAUGCUUGUCACUAAGAAGAGCAGCGUCAGGGGCGGGGGGAGUCUUAGAGGCCGUUCACAGUGGCAUUUCCACUCAGACAAAACUUAGGUCACAUCUACACCAUAAACUUAAGGCUCUCUUAUACAACUUUAACAGUCAAGGAGAAUCCUGGGAACUGUUGUUUGUUAAGGGUGCUGAGAACUGUAGGUCUAUGAGGUCAGUGCCCAUAGCAGACUACAGCUCCCAUGAUUCUUUGCGGGAUUUGAAGUGGCAUAAGAAUGUGGUUGUGACCAUUCUUGCAAAACAUCCUUCAAUUUGAGAGGCUAGUAAAGAGAAUGGGUGGUAUAUAAUAAUAUUCCUAGAGAAGUGGGCUUUUUUAACCAGUACGCAGAAAAAUAAAAAUUCAAGAGCAUAUUGGGCAGGGAGGGGAUGAAAUUCACAUGAUUUACUGAAUUGCGGUAAGGCUGAAGAACCAGGAACAUGCAUAAAUCAUAGCUGCUUCCAGAUGACCUAUUUAUUGUGCAUUCUGAUUUUCUUGCCGGGGUCAAGGCAAAUGGUACCCACCCCCCACUUUCUUUCUUUUUUUUAAAGAUAUUUAUUAAAUUUUCCAAAAAGUUACAUAAAAUAAAAAACAAAAAUACACACAAAACACAAACAACAACAAGUAUAAUUUCAUCCCCUAUUUUCUUAUAACUAACUUUCCCGACCUCCUCAUACCUCCCCUUUCUGCAUUCCAAUUUCCAAUUAUUUAAUUCAGCAAAUCCCUCCCAUAAUUUCUAUUUAAUUUUUAACCUUUCUUUUUCUUAAUUACAUGGUACCCCCCCCCCACUUUCUGCUGCAUUUUCCCAUCACUUUACUUAUCACAAAAAAUCUGGUGUUUGGAGGAAGCGCAAGAUCUCCAGACCAAGUUUGAUUACGCAACCUGAAUUUGCCCACAUGCGAUUGAAUCCCACCCGAAAAGAGGGACAGUCUGGAAGCACUCUAUGUACAUGCUCUGAGUCAUGCAUUACCACUAGGUAACACUAAGCAGCUGCCUAAGGAGACACCUUGCAAGUGGUAGUAGCAGGUCUUGUUUCUGUUGUUCCAAGCUCUGCUUUGGUACAAGCGCUUGAAAAGAAAAGGUGGUAGAUAGGUGGUACAUAGAACCAGAGAAUAGCCACACAGCAGGCAAAAGAUCCAAGCCACCAUAUGAAGAUGGAGAGAGUGGUAGGUGGGGUGGGUCUGAGUAAAGCAGGAGUAAAGCGUGAGUAAAAUGUGAGUAGGUGACAACUCAUCAGAUAGUGGGAGGAGUGGAAGUCACAAAAUGGAAGAGAAAAAAGAGGAAUAUCAGUCUGGGGCAGUUUUGAGAGUCAAUGUUGAAGCCCAAUAUGCCCUAGGGAUAAAUGGGAAAAGUGAGCAAGGCAAAACUUGCAAUGAAUUUUUCCACCCAUUCUCUGUGGGAUUACAAAUAGUAUUCACAACUUUUGUUAGAUUAUACUCAAAAGACAAUCUUGUCAGGUUCAGGUUAUGGAACUCCUAAAAGGCAGAAUGUGAGGUAUUCACCAAUCAUCCCCUAAAGUUACCAUAGAACUUUUUUAAAGGAACUAUUUAUAUGUGUAUUGGAAGCAAAGGUUAACUUUUUUUUUUUUUUUUGCCAAAAGGAGAAAGCACAUUUUAUCUGUCCAGCUCGUCCAUUCUCCGCGUACUUCUCCCCCCUCCUCUGCCACCUCUCCAAUAAUGUAAUGUUGGGGGGGGACUUUAUGGUGUUACAAGACUCCAUGAACUGUUCAAGUGUCGUCUGAGCUGUACAAUUGAAGUCUGCAGCAGUGAAAUUAAUCUUUGAUCUUGUAAUCCAUAAUGCAGCUUUUUUUCUCAGGCAAAUAAAUUCCUGGGGCGUGUAAUCAGGACUUCAAAACUGUGUGAUUUGGUACAAAAAUUAUUCAAUUAAACCUUUGAGAUUUCAAUAUG